AUGAAAACUUCGCAAACGAAUACGAUCGACAAUAAAUCCAAUUCAAUCAACAUUUAUUCAUACUUCAAAGCGAAUUCGUCAGACAUUGCGUCGUUUGUACUUAAUCACAACAUUAUGCUUAUUAUACGUACGUCUAAAAAUGGUCAAAAACCACGCAUGCCAGUUAUUUUAAAUACUUGGUUUCAAUUUUCUCCUGCAUCAACAUACAUAACAACGAACGGCGAUGUAAACUUCUUCUACCAAAAUCUUCCGCAAGAAUAUCAUCGUCAUGUAUAUUCAACGACUUGCCCACAAGCUCAUACGAUCCGUGAUUUAUGUUGUCAUAGUGCAUCGGAAUUUUCGAUCUAUUUUGAAAAUGAAAGUCAUUAUCAAUGGUUAUGUCGAUUUGACGAUGAUCAGUAUGUAAAUGUUCCGUUAUUGGUUGAUUACUUACGACAAUUUUCCCCCGAGAAAGAAUAUCUAUAUAUCGGUAAGCCGAGCAUGAAAGAGCCAAAACGCGGCCAUGGAAUACAGUUUUGGUUUGGAACUUACGGAGGCGGAAUUUGUUUUUCUAAAUCUCUAUUACAUUUGAUUCGUAAUGACGUUCAUCCCAAUGAGAAAUUUGUCAACGGUUGCAUAGCAUCGGGGUAUCCGGAUGAUACUCACAUUGCCUAUCUACUCCGAGUCAAGUAUAAUAUCAAUCUGACUGUUGCUCAAGAUUUCCAUCAUCAUAUUGAAACAGAUUUAUUUACAAAUCUGACCAACCCAUCGAAUAUCGAUCAAGCGAUCACUCUUGGUUUCAAAGGUCCGACUGUUCCUCGAUUUCAACCGUUGAAAGAACAUGAUGUACAUUAUAUGUAUACAUUACAUUGUUUAUUGUACCCAACUCGAGAAUGCAUGCGACGAGUACGAAUCUUAUUGAAUCGAGUUUAUGAAGAAAAGCAGAGGAAAAGUUGA